AGAGCAGCUGGAGCGGGGAACCUGACUUGUUGAUUUCCAUCAGUCGGAGGCUGCGGAGGGCGAAGGAGGAGCGGGGAGAUGUGAGCCGAGGCCGGAGGCUGGAGGAGGUCAUCGGGAUCCCUGAGGAGGAAAAUGUCCCUCGCCUGUCGUCUCGGCCGUGCGCUGCUGCCGGAAUGGAGGUGAAGGGGGGAAGGUGACACCUCCACAUGUGACUGCCCUGCCAGCGAGCGAAGACGCCGACCGUUCCCAACCUGCCGGAGCCUUGUUCAUGCCACAGACAUGCCCGGCUGGAUGAACAAGCAUGGGUCCCGAUCGACUACCUCACUGCCGCCCGACCCCAUGGAGAUCAUCCGCAGCAAGGCUUGCUCCCGAAGGGUGAAGCUGAACGUGGGGGGCCUGGCGCACGAAGUGCUGUGGCGGACCCUGGACCGGUUGCCCCGCACCAGACUGGGCAAACUCAGGGACUGCAACACCCACGAGUCCUUGAUGGAAAUCUGCGACGACUACAACCUGGAGGAGAACGAGUACUUCUUCGACCGCCACCCCGGCGCCUUCACCUCCAUCUUGAACUUUUACCGCACGGGGAAGCUGCACAUGAUGGAGGAGAUGUGCGCCCUGUCCUUCAGCCAGGAGCUGGAUUAUUGGGGCAUCGACGAGAUCUACCUAGAGUCGUGCUGCCAGGCCCGGUACCACCAGAAGAAGGAGCAGAUGAACGAGGAGUUGAAGCGGGAAGCGGAGACGUUGCGGGAGAGGGAGGGCGAGGAAUUCGAUAACACUUGCUGCGCGGAUAAGAGGAAGAAACUCUGGGACCUGCUGGAGAAGCCCAAUUCCUCCGUCGCCGCCAAGAUUCUGGCAAUCAUUUCUAUUCUUUUCAUUGUAUUAUCAACAAUUGCCUUGUCACUAAAUACACUUCCGGAACUACAAGGUCUUGAUGAGUUUGGACAGUCGACAGACAACCCUCAGUUGGCGCAUGUGGAAGCUGUCUGCAUCGCCUGGUUUACCAUGGAAUACCUCCUGAGAUUCUUAUCUUCGCCCAAUAAAUGGAAAUUUUUCAAGGGGCCACUUAAUGUUAUUGACCUGUUAGCCAUCCUCCCGUACUACGUCACUAUAUUCCUAACAGAGUCCAACAAAAGUGUACUUCAGUUCCAGAACGUCAGGAGGGUGGUGCAGAUUUUCCGGAUCAUGAGGAUACUGAGAAUCCUAAAGCUGGCACGGCACUCCACAGGCCUGCAGUCUCUGGGUUUCACCUUACGGAGGAGUUACAAUGAACUUGGUCUGCUCAUCCUCUUCUUGGCCAUGGGUAUUAUGAUUUUCUCCAGCUUGGUAUUCUUCGCAGAAAAGGACGAAGAUGAUACAAAGUUCAAAAGCAUUCCAGCCUCUUUCUGGUGGGCGACCAUCACCAUGACCACAGUCGGCUAUGGGGACAUCUAUCCUAAGACUUUGCUGGGGAAAAUAGUUGGCGGAUUGUGUUGUAUUGCGGGAGUGCUGGUGAUCGCUCUUCCCAUUCCUAUCAUUGUAAAUAACUUUUCAGAAUUCUACAAGGAACAAAAGAGGCAGGAAAAAGCCAUCAAGCGCAGAGAAGCUCUUGAGAGAGCCAAACGAAAUGGUAGCAUAGUGUCAAUGAACAUGAAAGAUGCCUUCGCUCGUAGCAUAGAACUGAUGGACGUAGUGGUUGAUAAGACAGAGGAUGGAAAGAAAGAGAAAGUUCAGGAUAACCACUUAUCCCCCACCAAAUGGAAAUGGACAAAAAGGACUCUAUCAGACACGAGUUCUAACAAGUCCUUUGACACAAAAGAACAAGGUUCUCCAGAGAAGAGCCGGUCUUGUUCAAGUCCUCAACACCUUAAUGUUCAACAGCUAGAAGAUAUAUACAACAAAAUGGCAAAGACACAGUCACAGCCCAUUCUAAACUUAAAAGAAGCAAAUCAAUCAGUUAAACAGACAGAGGAGUUGGAAAUGGACACCAUACCUUGUCCAGCUGUCCCUCUGUUGACCACUCACAAGGAGGGAAUCAUUGACAUGAGAAGCAUGUCCAGCAUAGACAGUUUCAUUAGCUGCACUGCCGAAUUUCCAGAAUCGGUUAAGUUUUCACACAGUCCACUGGCAGUCCUACCAUAUAAAAAAGGUAUAAAUACAGGGCAGGAUUCAACAGGUGGGCGUGAAAGAACCUUGAACUUUGACAUCAGCAGAGAGAGCUUUGGCGAAAUUAGUCCUAAAACUGAUAGAGGUCGACACACUGCAUACAUUUUGGAAAGUCCAAAAAGUUUAGUAAAAGUUAGAAAUCCUUUACUGCUGAGAUCCCUAAAAGUCAACUUUCGAGAAGGUGACACAAGGACACUGGUGCCUGCACCAAACAUAACAAGCCCCGUAGAGCAUAGGCAAAGCCAUUCCAAGUUAGAAAGUUCCUACUUUUCUGACCAGUCAGUCCGUAGCCCAGAGACAUCUCUGUACACAACGGCAAGCACUAGAACCCCUUCCAGGUCGCCAGAGAAACACAUGGCAAUCGCAUUCACCUUUCACGAUGCUAACGUACACAAGUAUAUUGAUGCUGACACAGAUGAUGAGGGGCAGCUUCUGGAUGGCCUGGAUUCAUGCCCCUCCAAAGAGCUGCUAGGGACUAUGAGUCCAAAAUACAAUAUCACAAAUAGCGGUCAUCGGAAACAAAGAGAGAGCAUCCAUCGAACAGAAAAAAACCACUUAGAGAGUGGCGCAUUAUCCAGUUCCUCCAGGUACUUAGGACAAAACUGCGUUUACUCCACAGAUGGGAUUACUGGAAGCAGUCGAGAACCCGUCAAGAUAGAUAACCACAUCUCCCCGGAGGUCCAUGUUCUGCCAGGCGGGGGUGGACUUUCUAACACACGUGACCCCCGAUUCUGACGUGUUAAGACACUGUGAGAAUUGAGAUGCUCAUAUGUGCACAUUGAGCUUAUGCAUGGCAUUGAUUACUAGCAUCCUCUCCCCUUAGUGUGAGGGAGAGACGAGAGGAAGCCUCGGGGCCACGUCUCCUCUCAACUGGACCGAACCGAGCUAGGAGUGUCACCGAGCAUUCAGAUAGGAAACUGCAGUGACUCCAUCUCCUAUUAAAAACUUCUCUUUCUUGAAAGCCAUUGUGACCAAAUAUACCCCUACUGACAAUGAACUGCUUUUUAUUUUAUUGUAUACAAACUUUUACUGCUUUCCAGUGAAGGUAAGAGAAAAAAAAAAUGAAAUUCAGAGAUUUUUCUGGAGUCCGUGCAUCAAAGCAUCUUAUGCAGAUUUCCCAGAUUCGGGGUAAAGUGCGGAGCUUCUCCAUAGUUAACACAGACAAGGCGAGUUGCAUCAGUUGUUCGGGAAUUUGUACGCCAAACGUGGGAGACGACUGUGCAUUGUCUUAAAGGGGGUGACUAUGAAUAAUCAGGGCAUUACAUGUUCAAAGGGGGUUGGGGAAUUUGCUGACCGUAAAAAGGCAAACAAUUCAUUUUGUAGCAUAUUUACCAUUGCUAGCUGCAUUUCUCUCGAAUAUAUAUAUAUA